ACACUAGGAAUCUUGUUAAGGAUUUCUGUCCUUUCAGCACUGCAGAACAGGGCAGUUCACAGCAAGAUGGCUCACUUCACUAUUAAGCAGAAGUGCCAAAUUUGCUUAGGCAUGAUGACAUGGGGCUGGCUCUGUAUUCUGCCAAAUAAACCAAAAAAGGUUUAAGAAAGGUAGUAUUUUCCUGGGGAACUGUGUGAAGUGUCCACCAAGAUCUUGUUUAAGAAAGUGAGCCAGUACAAGAGUAAACCUAAAGUGAAGUUCUGGUCCAAAUAAAAGGAUAUGAAAGGUGGAGUGUCAGGUGUCUGAUGUUUGCAGGCCUUGGCAAAAUUCUGUAUAUGGACUGGCCAACUUGAUACUUUAGUGGCAAUUGCUUAACAUGUGCUUGCUUUUAUUCUGAAAACAGUUGAAUCAUAAGUGCUUUGUUUUUUCAUCUUAGCGCAGCAAGAUGAAUGAGUAAGAACAAUUCUACAACCUAGUUUUUUACUGUGUUCGUUGUCAAGGUUGCUUUGCAUGGAACCACAACUUCAGGCAUUACAUCUACAUAUUCCUUACCAGAAAUCCUGAUCUUGUCUUUGUAUAAUUAUAAUCACAAAUUGGGUUUUUAAAGUUCCAUCUGCUCAUUCUUUACCUGAAGGCAAGCAUCUUGCUUUCAAUCAAAAUAUUCUUGGUAAAAACAAAAUGCAGUGUGACAACAGGAGACCAGAUCUGACUUGGAUAUUCUUUUGUGAAACAGUUGUGGUCCUUCAAAAGGAGAACAGGGUAAUUGUUCAUCAGCUUUAGUUGCAGACUUUCUUUACUCUGAAAAUAAGCAACAUGCCUCUACUCACUGCUGGUUGAGGUCACACCUGGAGUACUGUGUCCAGUUCUGUGUUCCCCAGUACAAAAGAGACUUGAACAUACUAGAAAGAGUCCAGCAAAGGGCCACUAAGAUGAUUAAGGGACCAGAGCAUCGGUUCUAUAAGGAAGGGCUGAGGGAGCUGGGACUGUUUAGCAUGGAGAAAAGGCGGCUCAGGGAGAUUGUAUCAUUGUAUAUCAAUACUUGAAGGAAGGUUGUAAAGAAAAUGGAGCUGGGCUCUUUUAAGUGGUGUCCUGUGACAGGGCAAGAGGAGAUGGACACAAACUGAAGCACAGGCUGUUCCCUUUGAACAUCAGGAAACACUUUUUUAGGGCAGAGGUGACCAAGCACUUGUGCCUGUUGCCCAGAGAGGUUGUGGGGCUUCCAUCCUUGGAGAUAUUCAAAGCCACCUGGACAUGGUCCUGGGUGACUGCCUAUAGGUGACCCUGCUUGAGCAGGGCGGUUGGACAAAAUGACCUACAGAGCUCCCUUCCAAUCUCAGCGAUUCUGUGCAGUUUAAAGAGCCAUCCUGGAAUAAUGUUCACAAAAACGCCCAUAUGCUGAUUCCUACUCCGGAUAAAGAUGAUGAUCCAGUUGGUGUUGAUUACUCUCACUUUAUACCUCUAAGUGUUGUUCCAACUAGAGCUUCACCUUUACCAGUUCUAGGCUGGGCAAACAGGGAGGAUGUAUGGAAAAACAUGAUAAAUAAAGACGAGACAUAUGUGAGGGAUAAACUUUAUAUGCAAAGGCACCCUCUCCUGCAACCUAAAAUGAGAACAAUCCUUCUAGACUGGCUAAUGGAGGUUUGUGAAGUCUACAAGCUUCAUAGAGAAACUUUUUAUUUAGCACAAGAUUUCUUUGAUCGGUUUAUGGCAACACAACAGAAUGUUGUAAAAACACUAUUGCAGCUUAUUGGUAUCUCUUCUUUAUUCAUAGCAGCAAAGCUUGAGGAAAUUUAUCCACCAAAGUUGCACCAGUUUGCGUAUGUUACAGAUGGAGCUUGUACAGAAGAUGAAAUCCUCAGUAUGGAAUUGAUCAUCAUGAAGGCUCUCAACUGGAACUUAAAUCCACUGACAGUUGUAUCAUGGCUAAACAUUUACAUGCAAGUUGCAUAUUUAAAUGAGCUUUAUGAGGUAUUGCUGCCACAAUAUCCACAGCAAAUAUUUGUACAAAUAGCAGAGCUUUUGGAUCUCUGUGUGCUGGAUAUUGGCUGCUUGGAAUAUACCUAUGGAGUACUUGCAGCUUCUGCUUUGUAUCACUUCUCCUCAUCUGAGUUGAUGCAGAAAGUUUCAGGUUAUGAAUGGUGUGAGAUAGAGGAAUGUGUAAAAUGGAUGGUUCCAUUUGCAAUGGCUAUAAGGGAAGUAGGAAGCUCCAAACUCAAACACUUUAGAGGUGUAGCUCCUGAAGACUUGCACAAUAUACAAACGCACAUAAACAGCUUGGAUUUGCUGGACAAAGCUCAAGCAAAACAAGCCAUAUUGGCUGAGCAAAAUAGGACUUCACCUUUCCCCACUGGUGUCCUUACACCACCCCAAAGUAGUAAGAAACAGUCUUCUGGGUUGAAGCUGAUAUGACUUUAGAAGCUGUUGACAGACAAUUUUGCUGAAGUGCCUGUUCUGCUGGUUCUAACUCCUGCUCCAUUAUAGAAAUGCUGCCAGUGAAGUUCAUAAGCUUUUAUGGAAUCUGUAAAGGAAACCCUACAUUUUUUUUGUGACAGAAGAACUUUUCUAUUUGAAAUAUUUUUAUUGAACAUUAAAAUAUUUUAAAGAAAUGGAUCAAGUACACCAGCCACUUAAAAGAACACCGAAGAGUGCUCCAAAUGCUGCUAUGGAGGGUGAUGCUUGAUGAGACCAACUGUUGAGAAAAAGGGCUUGAAGAUAAGAUUAGUUACUGUGCCUGGUUGUCCUUUGGAUAAUCUACAGUUAUUCUGUCCCCUAUUGACAAAUGGGCAAAAAGUGCUGUGGAAGACAUUUCCAAGCUCCUUUUUCAAAUGGUUGGCUUACAACUUGAUGCCUUUUUAAGAACCCUUUAUUGUAAAUGCUGCUAUGUCUCUGUGUAUCCAUUUUUAAUAAAAAUGCUGUCUAAGACAGCUGGUUUUAUGUAUAUUCCUAUUUUCUUUAAUUAUGGUCAGCUAAGGUUUUUUAGACUGACCACUAGUAGUGUGGGAGUUGGGGAUGAAUUACGUAGUAACUAUGGCUUUAUUUAUUUACCACUACUGGCUUAUCAAUUAAAACUUGUUUUUUGGAUACUAAGAUAAAACUGUCAUGUUGGGCUACUUGGAUUUCCCUUAGCCAGAUGCAGGUGGC